UAACAAAUUAUAAAAACGACAAGUGUCCUUCGGAAAUUGACAAUUGAUAGUCUAUCAAAAUCAGAAUUUCUGCUACGUUUGCAAACAACUUUAUAUAGUUAACAAGUAGUUAACAUUUACUUACAUAGCUUAAAACUAAAGUUAAUAAUAAAUAUUUAACAAAAUCAAUUGGAUUUCCAAAAAUUCCAUGAUAUUUAAUUAUUUAUUUUUAUUUAGUUUUGUGCUUACAUUAUUAUGCCACUAAAUAUAUAGACUUGCUACUAACGUCAUGGAAUGUAUUUGGCUUAAAACCUCCCCAAGUUUAAAAAAAGGAAUUGAUUUGAUUAAUCAGCUAGAGGAGACAAAGUUUGAACAGUUUCUUAGAAGAAUUGUAGUCAAGUUAAAGAAUCAAGACACAGAAAUUUUUACAGAAGAAGAAAGAAGAAAACUUGAGAAGAUUUUUAAAGUUAAUGAAGAACAAUUACUUUUAUCUAUUAAAACUUUAAUCUACAUAUUUAAAAGAAUGCUUAAAUUCAUAUUUAUGCCAGCAAAUUUGAAAAGUGAUUUACUGAAUAUAGGUUUUAAUGAAGAAAAAGUAAAUUCUUUUAUCAAAGUUUGGUCCUAUGAAAUCAAACUAACACUGAAUGAUUUGGCAUCUACAUCAAGUAAUAAGUAUGAAGAUAACCCAAAUCUUCAGUGGAAGCUUAAUACUGAAUUAAGUUCAGAUUAUCAUAAGAAAAGUAAAAUACCAAAAGCUUAUAUAUCUUUUCUUGGUAAACAAAGGAUAACGGAGAUCGAACUAACUCACCAGGAACUAAACUCAUUUUUUUUACAAAUUGAGUCUAUUCAAAAUGAAUUAGAUAAUGUUAUGUAAUCUUGUUAUUUAUAAAAUAAGGUAAGUGCCUUCUCUGUUGAAUGUUAAUAAAAUAUUAUUUUUACAAUAAA